ACAAGUACAUCUCCCUCGGCAUAACCUGUUCAGCCUCAAGACCCCGACAGGGAUCUUCCAUUUCCAUAAAACACAACCAAUUGGCUGCGUAAUCUUCACAUCUCAAAAUUGUAGACCUUCUCCAACCUACUUGGCCGAAUUCAAAUGACAAUGAAUUUGCAAAUAUGUAGCCAUUGCCGAAAGGCACUACACCAAUCUUUACGAGCUCUACGAGGAAGAAGACACCAACUACGCACACUAUCCUCAACCACCCCCCGCCAAAACUCAAGCUCAAGCUCAACUUCACCCGAACCCGAGUCCCUAGCAGCCCUCUUCUCGAAACCAACCUGGUCCGUCCGGUCUCUCCUUCCGGAGCCAUCUUCCCUAACCAACACCGAUCCCUCAACCGAGGCCGAAAUAACUCCCCGCACCCUGCAACACCUCCUGCGCCUCUCCGCCCUCCCUCCACCCUCCUCUCCCUCGGAAGAAGCACUUAUGCUCUCAACGUUAACCUCGCAACUACAUUUCGUACGCGCCGUCCGCUCCGUGAACACAGCCGGCGUCGAGCCCUUGCGUGCAAUACGCGACGAAACCGCGCUCGGCCAGCGUGAGCAGACUAUUGGCUUAGAGCAACUACAAGAUGCGCUCGCGAACGAGGAUGUAGUAGGCCACGCGCGGCGCCCGCGCCGACGGCGGCAGCAGCAAGGAGGCAGCGGGGGUGCUGAUCCCGGGGUGGAAGGAUGGGACGUUUUAGCCGGAGCCAGCGAGACGGCAGGGCGGUAUUUCGUAGUCCGGACAGGAUCAACUAGUCCGGCGCGGACAGGCGCAGGGCAAGUAGAGAAGACGGAAGAGACUUAAUAAUAAUAGUAAUAAUGAGAUGAGAUGAGAAAUUACUACGCAAUGUGUAAGUAAAGUCUUCUGACCUGCCUAUCUGACACCACCUCAUACCAAAAUUCAUCGCCAUCUAGUCAAUACAAACCCCCGGAACCGAAAUAAUGUACAUCUCUCCGUUGCCGCAGAUCUUGAGGGCCGGAUCGGUGCGUUCCAGGACGUCGUCGCUACUUGCUACCCAGCUUCACACCUUUCACGCCGUUCACGACUAUUCGGAUAUCCUCCUUGGGCUUAGCUUGGCUCUUCUUUUCGCGCUCUUCGUCGAGUUUCGCCUCGGCGCUUAUGU